AUGUCCUCCAACACUCCCAUGCCAUCUACCACUGUAGCAGCAGCCGAGCAUCCACCACAACAUGCUGCGCCCAUUGUCAAUACAGCUCACGACGAUCUCUUUCCUUCAAAUGCGACUGCAAUGGACUCCAAUUUAAACUACAUUGAGAACACUACUUCAUCAUCCUCUCGACAAAGAUCGAUUCUGGAGUCCAUCUACACUACAGAACAUACCACACAUACCCUCACAUCAUCAUGGCGAAUGAAGGCAUUGGUCUUGCUGUGCAUGCUGUCUUUGCCAGUGGGCUGUCAUUACCUGGAAGCAACGAUGGGUACAUUGAAAACAGUACUAAAGCAUUCAAUGCAAAUCAAUAAUACUCAGUUUAGUAUACUCCUAUCAUCCGUCACACUAGUCAACACCGUUUUACCGCUAUUAGCUGGUGUCUUUAUUGAUGACAUUUCCAGUCUUGGCUCCAUCCGAGCCACGACCAUUGUCAGCUGCAUCAUCUUUAUUGGCAGUUUGUUGGUAUCCAUUGGCGGCAGUUUGAACAGCUACCCGUGUAUGAUGACAGGUCAAAUCAUUUAUGGUCUGGGCGGCGGCAUGAUUGUGACAAUGCAGGAAGGCAUCCUGUCUCGGUGGUUUCGAGACAAAGAGUUGGCUGUUGUCAUUGGCAUUAUGCUGUGUGUUGCUCGGCUAACCAAGUGGGCGGCAAAGAUGGUAGCUUAUCCCAUCUUGAAUGCCACGGGUGAUCACUCUUGGCCCAUCCACGUGGCUACCCUCUUUUGUGCAUCUGGCUUCUUUAUCAACAUGGUGUACUGGAUCGUCAUGUGGAGAAAGGGAUUAGCUACGAUUUGGGGAAAAGAGAUUGUCAGGUACGAAGGCUCUUACAAGAACGAAUUCAAUGCGCAACAGUGUAAAGAUAAAGAUCAAGAUGAAAAAAAGGCCCAUCACCACAAUGAGCAGAUUUCAGCCGACGACUUGUCCAGCCAGCAUCCACAAUCGCAACACACAGCACACAAGAGUAGUUCAUUCAAAUGGUCCUACUCUAUUCUGCUUUAUAUUCCAAGCACCUUUUGGAUGAUUCCAUGGAUCCAGCUGACCAUGUCGAGUGUGUUGAGUAGUUUUGAUGAUGUUGCAACUGAAUAUGUAGAGUUCAGAUACAACACAACGAGCGUCAUGGCUGGUUAUCAAAGUAGUUUGACUCAGGUUGUACCCAUCGUAGUCGCUCCAGUCAUGGGCAUUGUGGUUCAUAGAUAUGGUAGACGCAUCACGAGUUUAUUCUUUGCAACAUUGAUCCUGAUCACAUCCAUGAUCCUUUUGGCAUACACUUGGGUCACUCCUGCCGUUGGCAUGAUCAUCUUUUCAUUCGCCCUUGCUUUGGGCCCUGUUUCUGUGCUCAGCUCCACAUCGUUGUUACUGCCUCAUGAACUAGCAGGCACUGGCAUGGGCCUUCACAAAUGUGCCAACAACAUUGGUACCACCAUUGUCUCUGUCCUGGUGGGCUACGUGCAGGAUUUGACGUACCACGAUGGCGACCCUCACGACGACAUCACUGAUCUCCAGUCAGAAUACGAUGGCGUCAUGAUCUUGUACGUGUCGAUGGCUGGACUAUCGACAUUAGUGGUGUGUAUCUUUUGGCUGAUGGAUAGAAACAUGCUCUCUGGCUGGUUGCAGGCCAACAAAAAGGAGCGCGAGCGUCGUCUUGAACUAGUGCAAACCAAGGAAGAGGACGAAAAGACGCUUUACCUUCACGCCGCGCAAGAUCAAUUGGAGCAAGUCAACAGGGAAAAGAUGAACGCUCUCAACAUGAUUGGAUCCAGGUUGCGAGAUUCAAAGACGUACUGGUUUCUCGGUGUCUUUUGCUUUUGGCUGUUUGUUUCAUGGAUUGUCUUUUUCACCUUUGCUUUAAUGCCCGUAUACCAAAGCUACAUGUAA